GACAAUGUGGGUGAGGGGUGCCGUGCAAGUAGCUAUACUCAAGGGGCUUGGAAUGAUGCUGCCAACGCUAAGGGAUCAAUUCAAAACAACUGCUUCGGUCGUUGGCUGGAUGACCUCAAUGAUAGUCGCUGUCGGAGGUGUAGUUGCUGUCACUGCAGCCCCUCUUGGUAGACGUUUUGGAGCCGGAAACGUCAUCAUGGUCUGCGGCAUAAUGAUUGGCGUUUCUUUCAUCGUUGGAUCCUACGCAACCACUCCGAUUCAACUGUUGCUGGCUUUAACUGUUUUGGCAGGUUCGGCAUUGCGAGUGCCUUUGGUACUUUCAAAAGAGGCGCUAGGCAGAGGCUAUCACAAGAAACAUGCAUUGGCUACCGGCAUCGCAAAGACUGGUUCUUCUGUUGGUCUGGCCGUAGUCGCACCUCUUAUUCAGCUAUGUCUCAGCACGUAUGGAUGGAGAGGAACCAUGCUAAUGAUAAGUGGAAUAUCACUGCAUCUUGUCCCCUGUGGUGCUCUCAUGAGGAGCGUUAGGAAAGCUCCGAGCACACGUUACCAAGAGCUACCUCAGGAUGAAGUCUCCCUAGUAAAUUCAGUUCCUCGCACUGACUGCACGUCAUGUUGGACAAGUGUCUUUAACAAUUUUGAUUUGUCAUUGCUUUGCAAUAUUCGGUACUGGUUGUUGGCUUUUGUUGUCUUUUCUUUUACUUUUACUUAUGAGAUGUGGGUGAUCUAUUUUGUGUCCCACGCUGUAUCAAAGGGAUACUCCCUUGACGACGCAGCAGUGUUUGUCACCGUGGCGGGCUUUGGGAACCUGAUAGCAAAAGUCUUGCAGGGCUUCAUUGUAGAAGCUGGGAUAAUAUCCACCUGGGGACUGAUGGUCAUAUGCAUCCUCGUCAGUUCGUCUGGGUUCCUUGCCACCCCCUUGCUGUCUUGGUAUUGGGCAAUGAUGCUCACGUCGUCGAUGGUGGUCGUUUGCAGCGGUGUUCUGUAUUGUCUGCAAGAUGUUCUUANUUAAGCAAAUAAUUGGGUUGGAGUUGUUGGCUAGUGCACACGGCUGGAUGGAUAUCAAAGCCGCUAUAUUAAGACUCCUCUUCGGCUGUAUCCCAGGUUUGAUUUAUGACACCACUGGAAGUUAUGACGCUGCAUUUAUUUUCCUCGGCAGUGUGCAGUUGGCUCCCCUUCUUUCUCUUGCCGCCCUCAAAUAUUUAGAACGCCAUAAUCGAAAGUUUUGACUUUUAAUUUGUAUUGUCAACAAUUUCCGUGUAUAAUACCACCACAUGGAGUUGGGUCGGUAAAAGAGGUUUCCAAAAUGGUGGAGCUACUGGGUAUUUCGGGAUCUUCAAGUUCACGUGCUGCCCCGUAAAGGAACAGGACCGAAGACUUUAGUUUAAGCAGUCCUUAUAUUAAUAUUUAUGUAAAAACGGACAAAGCCUAAACUCAGUUGUUUAUAUAUGGCAGUCUUAAGAGCAUGUAUUACUUCUCCUUGGUGACUGUUGUGUUUCAUUAAAAUACUAAGUGGUGUACAAAAUGAGGGUACAUUCGCAUGUUGUUUGUAGCACGCCACUGUUACUGUGGAACGUCCUUCGGCCAGUGUACAAUUUUAUUAUUUAUGUACAUGUCGCAGGUUUUUCGCCCAAAAUAAGCACUGUUGACUGUUGUAUAUAUAAGCAGAUUCAAAGUAUGUCAUAGGCAAUUCUCGUCAGUCUGACCUUUUCUGCUGUUUUCAUGUUGGUAACAAAAUGUUUCCGUAACAAAACCCUACGUACUCAUGACUGAGUCAUGCACAUAAUCAUGCGUACAUAUAUAUAUACACACGUACUUACAAAGUGCAAUAAUCGUAAAAUGGUGGUCAUGGCGUAUGGGUUUCUUGCGUCUGAAAUUUUGUGUGUGGGCCGCGUUUGAUUUUAAACAUUAACCCCACAGCGGGGUGUGCAAAAACUUGCAUUUGACCUGUUUGGAAAAGUUUCAACAUAAAACGAAAUGUGUUUGUGGAAAACACAGCUACUGGUUUCAUUUAUCUGAAAACCAGUAAAAAUCUUCUUGACAAACUAGUUCCAAGAUUAAUGACGCAUGGACAAUAUACACAGUACAAACAUUUUAUGUCACGUGACUUGUCACUUGGCCUGUUGCAUGAUCAGGACAUCAUGAUUUCAUCUGUAGCACUUUCCUUUCUAGCAAUCUGUCAAGUUUCAACCAAAUCGGAUUGGUAUUUAGGGCCUAUGGAGAGUAAAGUUAACGUUAUUUUAAUCUCAGAAUAGAGAUGUCUCUAUUAUUAAUAGACAUAUCUGAGAGAGAGAUCGAACGUGUACUUCAGGAGACAUAGUGCGUCAAACAGACCACCUUUAAUGUCACAUGACUUGUCACCUGAGGACGUUGUCAUCACGUCAGGUCAAUGAGGGUCUGAAGCAUUUCCCUUUACAGCUAUAAAGAAAGUUUCAACCCCAUUGGGAAUGGACUUUAGAACAUAUAUUUCAUUGAAGAGUGCCUCUUUAACGUCACGUGGCUUAUGACAUAAUGACGUUGUCGUCCAUGGUAUCAAUUUUAUUCUGGAGUAAUUCCAUUUCUAGCCAUCUGCCAAGUUUCAACCGAAUCGGACUCGUACUUCACGAGAUAAAGUGCUCUAAAGAGUGCACCUUUUAUGUCAAGUGACUUGUCACCUGAUGACGUCGUCAGCACAUCAGGUCAAUCAAGUUGGGUCUAACCUUUCCCUUCCCAACUAUAUACAAUAGUCGGCCGGCCAAAUAUGAAAAAGUCGGUAACAGCAAGUAACCAUGUUCAAUCAAUUAUUUAUAUGAUAACAAACAAGAUGCGGGCGGAUGUCAUCCUAGAAGUCUUUAAAGGUCAACUGAGGUCAAAAUUGGCAUUUUUGUUUUAUGACUUAAAUUUCAACUACAGCUAUACAGUAUAUCUAUCUAUAAAAUCAGUAUCAACAUCAUUUGAUGGCUCUCAUUUAUG